UUUCGCCCACCGCCAUGUCCCCCGCCGACGGCCCCCUCGGCCUCUUCGUGCAGCCCGCCUGUCUCCAGCACAGGUACAUCCGCCAUCCAAACGCCGCCCACGUAUUCGAGCGCCCAGAACGCCUCCGCGCCGUCCUCCUCGGCGUCGCUGCUGCCGUCGCCAGGCUCGAGCAGGCCGCACCCGCUCCCCAGCCGCCACACGACCUCGCCAGCCUGCUCUCCUCCCUCUCCCUCCUGUCCCGCGCCCAGCCCACCGCCCAGCUCCACCUCGUGCCCGCCCCGCCCCCGCCGCCCAGGCCGGGCAGUGUCCUGCUGCACCACCCGGCAGUCCAGCUCGCCCACUCGCCCGUCCCCGAGGCGCCCUUUCCGUAUAUCGGGCCAGGGUCCACGGGCCCGUCCGGGGCGGGCUUCCCCUCGUCCGGCUAUCUUAGGGAUCUGGUCAAAUGGGCCAACGAGGCGGCGGAGAGAAUCAAGCAGACGGGGUGCGAAAUACCAGACGGGCUGGGACUGAACCCUGGAGAUCUUUACCUUGGCCCGGGAAGUAUCGUUGCCAUCGAGGGCGCUAUCCAAACGGUCUGCCAAGCGGUAGAUCAUGUUGUGCAAAAGACAAAACAGGUACCUGUGAAGGAGGAGCCGUCUACGCCCCCUGUUGAGGGUCCUGCAGACGCGCUGUUCACGAAAGCGUUCUGUGCUAUAAGACCACCCGGUCACCACUGCGGCGAAGAUGCACCCUCGGGGUUUUGCUAUGUCAACAACGUGGUCAUUGGCGCUCUGCAUGGCUACCUCCAGCACGACAUUGAUCGCGCGAUUAUCAUUGAUUUCGAUCUCCACCACGGUAACGGCACUCAAGCGCUCAUCAUGCCCCUCAACGCAGCUUCUUAUGCAGAUGAUCUACAGGUCAAGGCUGGAAAGCCACCGAUAACAGGACAAGGAGGGAGAAGGAGAAGAGGCUGGAAGGCAUUCUAUGGAUCGGUGCAUGACAUUUACAGCUAUCCGUGCGAGGAUGGUGAUCUUGAUCUCAUUCGAGACGCCUCAAUCUCUCUAGCUGCUCAUGGGCAGUACAUCGAAAACAUCCAUCUUAAACCAUACAGCUCGGAAGCCGAUUUCUACGACCGAAUCUACCCUCUAUACCUUGCACUCUUGGACAAGGCCAAAGUAUUUAUGGAACAGACCGAGGCGGACCCAGAGAGAACCAUUGUUUUCAUAAGCGCAGGAUUCGAUGCUUGUGAAUGGGAACAUCAAGGAAUGCAGCGGCAUGAUCGCCGAGUACCUGUUUCGUUCUAUUCGAGGUAUACGCGUGAUAUUGCGGCUUUUGCGGACAAAUACACAGAGGGCAAGGUUGUCUCCGUGUUGGAAGGCGGUUACAGCGAUCGAGCAUUGACGAGUGCAGCCAUGGGUCACAUUGUGGGAAUGAGAGGGUCUUUGCCUGAAGGAUGUGAUGAAUGGUGGGCUGAAAAAGAGUUGAUCAGUCUGGAAAAGGCAACCAAAAAGAAGAGAGGAGGCAAGCUUGCCCCUCUUCCAGCAGAGUUUGCUUCACAACCCCAUCUCUCCCGAACGCACUCUCUCCUCGCCCAUUUUGAAGGGACGACUUGCCCGGAUUCAGUGGGGAGUACGGCUACAAAUACUCCCAUGGGGACGACGAGGAUGACCCUGCGCGAUAGGAAAAAGGCUGAUGAGUCUGGUGCAGCGAGCAUAGAUAACACGCCUGGCUACGGUGGGGCGAAAAGGGGCAACAGGGCAAGGGCCGCCGCCGGGGGUGUGACGCCGGCACCAUCCAAGCUCAAGAUCCCCUCGCAGCCCACUGAUACAGGCACAUUUUCUGUGAAUCCAGAGAGUAGCACAGUGCUCCCAUUCCAUAUCGAUACAGCACCCACCACGGAUGAGACGCUCGGCGCACAAUCCUCUGUGAAAACGGAUGUGGGCGGAGAGAACGAAAUGGGAGACUGGAUUGAACAAGCUGUCAAAGACAUGACGAAAAUGUCGCUGGGAGAGAGUGCAUCCACACCAAAGGUACAGGAAUCCAAGUCCAAGUCUCCGUCCCCGCCUUCCAUCCAGACGACCCCAACGACUACUUCACUACCCAAGAUCAUCCUCCGCAUUCCCGCCCGCCCUACUACUACUACCGAUACUGCCGAACGACCCGACCCCGUUUUACCACCCCAGCAAUCAUGCCAACCCCGUCUCGAUGCCGAAACACAAGCUCGACCCCCGCCUUUAGAGACUGUUGCAUACAGUCCCACCGCGACCCCUACCGAGCUUUUACAUCACAUCUCCGGCGGUCACUAGUAUGGGGCUGCUCAUGGUGUGCUACUCCCUAUUUUGGGGGGGGAAAGGGACGUGGCCAGACUAUGGAAUCGAGAAACUUGCAGGCGAAUGAUAGGAACAGAGUCGAAUGAAGCAAGGGGUCAUAUGUCAGGGUCUUGAAUAUAUGUAUUUUUCUCCAGCUACAAUGUAAAUUAGUA